GCUGUUCCACAGGGAAAGGGCGAGGGCGGAGCUGAGCGAGGGCCGGCCCCGCCGCAAACCUGGGGCGGGACUCGCGGCGCCGCACGGCUCGGCCGCACAGCCGCGGCGGGUCACCGCGCUGAGGUGAAGUACUUAAGAGGGAUGCUGAUGAGUCUCUUUCAAUUUACCGCUAGAAGGCUGGCUUCCCAAGUGUAUUGUGGACUUAAGGCUUCUUCUUCAAAGAAACCUAAGUUUUGCAUGGAAAUGGCUCGUCCUAGUUCAAAUAUGGCUGAUUUUCGAGAGGUGUUUGCCAAAGCAAAGCACAUAGUCAUCAUCACAGGAGCUGGCGUUAGUGCAGAGAGUGGGGUCCCGACCUUCAGAGGGGCUGGAGGUUUCUGGAGGAAGUGGCAAGCCCAGGAGCUGGCUACUCCAGAGGCUUUUGCACGAAACCCUUCUCGUGUGUGGGAGUUUUACCACUACCGCCGGGAGGUGAUGUUGAGUAAACACCCGAACCCUGCACAUAUUGCCAUUGCAGAGUGCGAAAAGCGACUGAGCAAGCAAGGACGGAGCGUUGUGGUCAUUACUCAGAAUAUUGAUGAACUACACAGAAAGGCAGGCACAAAGCACCUCUUAGAAAUCCACGGUAGUUUAUUUAAAACUCGAUGCACCAACUGUGGAAACGUAGCUGCAAAUUACAAGAGUCCAAUAUGCCCCGCGUUGGCUGGGAAAGGGGCCCCAGAUCCUGACACAGAGGAUGCCGCGAUUCCAGUUGAAGAGCUUCCUCAGUGCGAGGAGGACGGCUGCAAUGGGCUCCUCCGUCCCCAUGUUGUAUGGUUUGGUGAAACCCUGGAUCCCGACAUUCUCACUGAGGUGGAGAAGGAGCUUGAUAUUUGUGACCUCUGCUUGGUAGUUGGAACCUCCUCUGUGGUGUAUCCUGCUGCAAUGUUUGCCCCACAGGUAUCUGCUAGAGGAGUGCCAGUUGCAGAGUUUAACAUGGAAGCUACUCCUGCUACAGACAGAUUCAGGUUCCACUUUUCGGGCCCCUGCGGGACCACUCUGCCGCCGGCGCUGGCUCGCCACGAGACGGAGAUCACCUCUUGAGCGCCUCGGAGCGCCCGCCGGGGAAGCGCCAAGCCUGGCGGUCGCGGCGGGGGCUGGUACGGGUGGGAGGCGG